AUGGCAUUCACAAUAGACCCCAGCACAUUUGACCCGGCCACUCUCGGUCCCGAGUCUCGCGAGUUCAACGCCAAACUAUCCGCCAUCACUGCAUCUCAACCAAAAUGGUACGAAAUCGGAGCAGAAGCAUACCGAAAGCUGCGAGCAGAAGGUGGAACUGCAUUACCUCCCCCUAUCGUCCUCGACAGCGGCAUCGCCUUCGAGAUUCCAUCACGCGAUCCAUCCCGCAAGGUCCCUUGCCGUGUAUUCAAGCCUCAGAAUGGAGAAGCUCCCCGCGCGGUGUUCAUGCAUAUCCACGGAGGCGGCUGGGUGCUAGGAAACGAAAGCUCCCAGGACGUGAAACUACAACGGCUGGCCGACAUUCACUCCAUCGCGUGCAUAUCAGUGGGAUACAGACUUGCGCCAGAGCAUCCAUUCCCGGCUGGUCCAGAAGAUUGCUUCGACGUAGCAGAAUGGCUGGUCCGUCAUGCUCAGGAGCGCUUUCAAGCCCCGUUUGCGUUCAUGGGCGGCGAAUCUGCGGGCGGGCAUUUAACAGCGCUUACGACUUUACAUCUCUUGCAGCACAAUGAUCCGGUGUAUUCUGGUCAUCGGCUUCGAGGGCUGAUACUUCACUAUGGAUGCUUCUCUCUGCGCUGGCUCCCGAGUGUGUAUAGUUUUGCGAAACGAGAGCCGCAUCUGGUUCUUAGUCUGGAGACCAUGACCGAGUUUCAGAAUGCAUUUCUCGGAAAGGGCUGGACGCAGGAGAUGCUUGAUGAUCCUAAUGUUAGUCCUUUGUAUGCUGAUCUGCCUAGUCUUCGACACAAGCUUCCGCCCGCGUUAUUCACUUGUGGGACGGAAGACUAUCUUUUGGAUGAUACUUUGUUUAUGAGCUCGCGGUGGCUGUCGGCUGGUGCUGAGGCUGUGGUUGCUAUUGUGAAGGGUGCUGCGCAUGGGUACACGACUUUUGAUCCGGCUAUCAAGGGCAGUGGCUCGCAGGAGGGAGAUAGGGUUACGGAUGAGUUUUUCAAGGACAAGCUGUCUAGUUGA